UUUGCUUUAAAUUUUCUCUUUUGUCAAUAUUAUUUUUAAUUUGUUAUUACAAAUACCACAAAUACCAUUAAUUGAGUUUGAAUUAUCUCUGCUGUAUAAUUUAUUAAAUUAAUUGUUAUCACAGGACAUUCCUUCCUCGAGGGACGCACCACCUACGUACUCCUCGAUAUUCGCCGAUUCGCUGUCUAACGAUUUCACUUUCCCGAUAAAUGAUGGAUCGUUCGUCGUGACGCGAAUUCCACCACCCACCUACAUCCAAGCGCAAGGAAUCGGUCUUACGGAACCUUCGGUGGAUCCAUUCGUCUCUAUAUCCCCAAACGCGGCAAGUAAUUGGCCGCGGGUACCCGCACCCGCGAUUUGUUCUCAAUGUUCAGCACUCAUCAUCACUGUCGUGGUAGUACGUCGAUCCAAGAUUACACAUUUUAUCGCAUUCAUGCUCUUUCUACUGGGGUGCUGGCCAUGCUGCAUGAUUCCGUACUGCAUAGAUUCUUGCAACAAUACGGACCACUAUUGUCCUAUCUGCCGCGCGUAUCUCGGAACUUACACACCGUGAAACGAGUUGGGAAUUCUAAAAUGACCAGAGAUCAGUCAUUGAUCGCACUUCUGAUGUGUUGUAUUGUGUUUCACAUUUACGUCGACGCCUGGAACAACCGCGGUAGGCACAAAAUCGCGGAUAGAAGACGAUUGUGGCAAUUGAAUGAUAACGGAUCUGGUCUUUCGGGAACGGCAGGGAUGAUGAAACGCAAGUGGGAAUUGUCAAAAUUUCCAAACAAUCGCACUCAAAUUACUAGAGAGAAAAGACUUUUCUCGCUGUUCACACUGGUCAAGUUCGACAACGGCAUCUGCGGCGGGUUGAACGGGGAGAACGGCACGUGCGUUGCAGCGGCGGAAUGCGCACAGCGCGGUGGCAUCUCCAGCGGCGUUUGCGCGAAUGGUUACGGGGUUUGUUGCAUAGUCACGGUGUCCUGCGGCGGAAUGAUUACUAACAAUAACACGUACUUUGUCAACCCCAACUAUCCGUCCACUUUCGAUGGAAUGGAAUCGUGUCAAGUGACACUAAUGAAAUCGAAUCCAGAUGUAUGCCAGUAUCGAUUGGACUUUGUACAAUUCAAUAUCAGAGGUCCAGAAACAGUGAAUAACGUUUGCGUUUACGACCAAUUUAUCGUUUCUGGUGGCAAUCCGGUGCCGACGAUAUGUGGUAACAAUGACGGAAAUCACAUGUACAUAGACACAGGAGUUGGACAAACUAAUCCGGUUACUUUGACCUUUGUUACGAGCGGCAACUCUUACUCGCGAUCGUGGAAGGUUCGAGUUUCACAAAUACCAUGCAGUACAAUAUAUCGAGCUGAAGAGGGUUGUCUUCAAUAUUUUACCGGAGUUUCCGGACAGAUAAAGUCCUUUAAUUAUGAUCCCACGACCGGGCUACAAUUGUCAAAUCAAGAUUACAGUAUAUGUAUCAGGAUGGAGAGGAACUUUUGCGGAAUCCAGUACAUGGCGUGUCCUGAUGCUCAAGGGAUGAUGCCGACAUUGAGCAUCGCAACGGGUCAAAUAAUGCGUAGUAGUGCUUUCACGCUGACGGGAAAUACGCAGGCUACGCAAAUAGUAUCGAUGACAGGAACAGCCUGUAUGACCGAUUGGCUGUCAAUACCAUGCGCAACAAAUCUAGGUCGGUUACCUUCGACGCCGCUCACGUGCAUCGAUCGAUUGUGUGGUGGUACUUUCAACUCUGAAAGUCAAAACUUGAAUGAGUCGUCCGUUAUUAGCACUGUAAAGCCGUUCAGAUUAAUCUUUCACACGGAUAGUACUGAGGGACCCGGUGACGUUGGAAAUAGAGGUUUCUGUCUUAAUUAUGUGCAACAACCGUGCACGACAAAAUUAAAAUAAACGGCAUCCUGUCAAAUAUAUAUAGGUAAAAGAUUCAAGCACAAAUUUACAGAAUUCCAAUUUUUAUUUCGGAAUUUUUAACACACAUAUUUUUUUGUAACCAUGAUCGACGUAUGAAGAGCUCGCAUAAAAAGCAACUUAUAUAACUUACAUAUAAAUGUGCUGUCGCGUAUAAAUCAAAAAGUAUGCGUAUCUUUCUUAACUUACGUGAACAUUCUUUUUAUUUAUACUCGCAUGUACAUUUCUGUACAUUAAAGAACAGAAACGCAUCUUUCUACAUUUUUAGUAGAUAUUGUGUACUUACAUGGAAUCGAUGACGAAGUACAUGAUAAAGCAUUAUAAACUAUACAAAAUAGGACGGUAAAGAUCCUCGUCGUAAAAAUUAUCGUGCUACUAUAAUUAAUCGAUCAAUCAUGUAGAAUAAUAGCGGUAGAAUUUACAACAUUUAUAAUAUUCACAAACUUUGCAUUAUUUAUCGCCUGCAGAUUGGUAGACUGAUUAAAGGGAGGAGGCGGAUGUAAUAUAACUUAAAUCAGCGCUAUAGAUGUGUAUAUGCAUUUAUACAUUUAAUAAAAUUGGAGACAACUUUCUCCAUCUUACUCUUAAAAAGCACAAAACUCCAGUAAUGCUUGUAGAAUGACAAAAUACACAUAUACACCCGCGCGCACGUAUAUAUGUGUAUAUAUAUGAUAUAUUAUGUAUACAUAUAAUUAUUAUGUAUACGAUAUAUACAGGUUUUGCACCCCAUCAAGUUUAAAAGAAUUUAAUCAGAGACAAUAACAAUGAGAAAUAUCAGUCAAGAUUAGAGUAAUUGUGUUGAAUAUUGCAGAUAUAAUUUUUAAACAAUAAACGAUUGAAAUUUAUCAUUCACUAGCACUUUAAUCUUUGUUUACGCUACGUGUAUAAUUAUGCCAUUGAUAUGUUGUCGAAUAUACGCGGAAACGGAAGCUCGUGAAUGAUUAACUCGUUUAUUAUUUAAAAAUUAUCAUACGCAUUCAACAUUCGUUCAAACACUUUAAACAGUCAAGUAGUUACUCUUAUCUAGAUUUUUCUUAUUCUUUAUAUUAAAUUUUUUUAAAUUUAUCGGGAGAACACAUCCUGUAUAUGUAUGCAGAAAAUAUGCAUCAGGAUAUCGUACUGUUUUACCUAUAUUUAUUCAUAAAAGUGAUCAAAUAGUGAAAAAAGUUCAUGAUAUUUUUAUAUAUAAUAAAGAGAAAGGAGUAGUGAUGGGCGUCUGAAUAUCAAUUCUUUUCUUGCAAAAGCUUUCGAGCAAUUCAGUUAUUAAAAUUAUUUCGAUUUAUUUCUUAUCAUUCGAAACCACACAUUCUAAUAAAAAAACCUUGAAUUUAAGUCUAGAAAAUCUUUUUUUAAAAGUUUGAAUAUCUGAAACAUUUUAAAACUUCUUAAAAAUAACAUUAUCUGCCUACGUAUAAAAUAGAAUGGAUUAUGCAUGAGAAGUAAUGUAAAGCUUUAUGAAAGAAAACUAGAAAAGACACACUUUUCCAAAACUUUCAAGACUUUCCAGACUUUAAAACUAUUCAAGAUCCAUAAGAUUCUUUCAAAAAAUGCUUGGUUUUAGACUAUAAUUGUAAUUAGAGUUAUAGUAUUCUCAAAAUUUUUGUCACAUAUUCAAAAUGAUUCGAUAUACCUAUGUUGGUCCCAUCACGAAGAAAAAUAAAGUAUAUAAAAACAAGCUUCACAACCUGUUAGGAAAGAUGCAAAUAAAAUAUUCCUUUAAAAUAAUAGGUAUCUAAACCUUGUUAUAAAGUUUUCGAAAUGCUUGGUCAAUUUCGUGAGAUACUGCAUAAUUAUAAUAGUUAUUAUAUUUAUCAGACGUCGGAGGAAUAACAUUAAAUAUGCAAUUUAAUCACUUAACCAUACAGCGAUAUUACAAUCCCAUUAUCGCAUCACGAAUUGCAACGUUUCUAUUCUAACGCGAAUCAGAUACUGUUCUUCGCCUUUAAAAUAUAUACACUGAGA